AUGUCGUCUCAGGUUGCAAAUGGCAAAGACGAGGACGACAUUCCGCCCCCGCAGCGUCCACCUUCGCCUCCUCCGCACACAACGUUUGCUGCUCGCGGUCUCCAUGCCCCUACGUUCUCUGCAUUCCGCCCUCGCGACAUCCGCAUACCGUCCCCGCAGUCUAUGAACCACGUCGCUUGGAGCUGUGAUGGGAAGAGACUGGGCGCGGUGGGCAUUGACAAGGUUGUGCGCUUGUGGCAUCCAGAAAAAAGCAUGGAGAUACGCUCGGCCUCUAUGUUCUCGGGGGGUCACUCGGAUGACGUCGACUACAUCUCGUGGAACCCGACACAUCCGGAGCUCUUCUGCACAUCCAGCCAAAAAGACAGGAGAAUCGUUUUUUGGGAUGCUCGACAGAGCCGCUACGUACAGCAACUGCAACUCAAGGUAUCUCCUGCCCAAACGAGCUAUUCUCCGGAUGGCCGCACGAUUCUAUUUACCACUUCGGGAAAGCAACUUUUUAUACUUGCAUAUGGAAAAGAUGGGGAAGAGAUCAAGGAGCUGUGGCGGCUGUCAGACAAGGAUCCAAUACCAGCAUCGACGGCAACAUUUAAUCACGUCGGAGACGGUCUCGUUCUUACCCAUCAAUCUGAAGCAUCGAUACGUAUACUGCAGUAUCCGUCACUGGCAUUGGUCCACAGUACGCCUGCGCAUGUUGGUGGUUGCGUGGCAGCUGCGUUGGACCCCAGAGGCAGGUAUCUGGCUUCUGGGGGGCAUGACUCCAUCGUGAACAUGUUCGACUUGUCAGAAUGGAUAUGCACACGCACCAUUACUGCCUGCGACAAUGCGAUCACCGCGCUGAGCUUCUCGCAUGAUGGGGAAUUCAUCGCGAUCGCCAAUGCAGGUUCAUACAUCGACAUUUGUGCAACGGAGACCGGCAUGCCCUUGCACCGCGUCCCGGCUCUCGGGUCUUCGCCCACCGUGACAUGGCAUCCAUCGAAAUACGUGAUUGCAUAUUGCGGGCAGACAAAGAUUAGAGAAGGCGGACCACCGCCGUCGGCUUGGAUCAGCCUAUUUGGCCCUGGCAUGUAG